CUUCUAUCAGGGCUGAUAGAAGGACGGAGGAGCAGCCUCUAGCAUUCAAUAAUUAGUCUCUCGUCGUCCAUGUUGAGACCCUUUGAAAGGGGGCGGAAGUGUGUUAUGCUGAUUCUGUGUCGGAUUUCCUGUUUGGUGCAGUCUGCUCUGUUGAGAAUCACGUGGUUUAACAACGGUUAGUCUGUUGUUUCAUUUCCUCUUUGAGUCUGUCCACGCCUUUAUGUGUCUGCUGCUGCUCAGUCUGUCGCUUCAUUUGCUCUUUGAGUCUCACAGAUCAGGUGGUGAAACAUGGGCAAUGGACCUUCUCAAGCGGACUACGACAGGUCUGCUUAUAGCUAUUAUCAGACUGCUUCGAUGCACCCAUCCAUCUUACCAGAUGUAAGUAUAGACGAGUCUCUGCUGAGAUAUUCUGGCCUCGGCUCUAACGCUGUGCUGGAGGCCUACUCUAACGAGAUGGUCAGCUAUGUGCCGCAGUUCAUCGAGAAGUUUGGAUCAAUGACUCCGAUCCCAAACGCUGUUGGACUUGGAGCAUUGGUGAUUUCCAUGAUCAUAGAGCUCUGCACUAAUGGCGCUCAAACAGGAAGUGAUUCGUUCAGCAUGAUCCGACGAGUGUUUGGUGAAGAGAACGCCUCAGCUGUCCGGGACACCAUGACCGAUUAUCUGAGGCGCCAUCAAACGUUCAUCAACAACAACCAACGAUUAUGGGAGGAAAUCCAGAGACUAGAACAGCAGCUGAGCAAAGAUCUCACCGUCCUCAGAAACUCCCUGCUGCAUGAUGGACAGAUGAGCACCCGUGGGUUCAAAAUCUGGGUGAACAGCGCCUCCUUCCACCUCCAGAUGUUGGUCCAUGAGGCUCGACUGAAUCGUCAGGCAGACUCUGUUAACAGGAUCAGGAGCACCACCGAUUUGUAUCUGCAGGACCUGAAUCAAUUACUGGAGAAAUACAGAGCUCACCAGUGCAGUUUUAGGCCAAAAGUGCUUCAGAGACCUUGAAAUUUGCAUAUGUCUACGUCAAUCUUAUACAUAGUCACUGAUAAGAGUGAAAGACGGCAUGGUGAGUUUUCACGGGAUCUCCUUCUAGGCCCUGAGGUAAAUGAGGCUUUUAUGAGACUCUUUGUCAAAGAUAUCAGAGUAGCUUUGGAAAAUCAUUUCAUAAAUAUCAGGAACAACCUCGACUCUCUGAUCAAUCAACAUGAUUCAUUCACUCUGCCAAAAACAGCCUGAGAUCACUGUCACAGAUUAGUUUAUCUGUGU